AUGACAUUACGGUUUGAGGCCUCCUGUCCUGAUGGUUUGUGUCCAGGAUGGAGCGUUAUACUGACAGGAGAGAGUCCUUCAGCAGCAGAUAAGUUUGAGAUCAAUUUUCUCUGUGACCUGGACGACAGAAUAGCCUUUCAUUUUAAUCCCCGAUUCACAGAAUCAGAUAUUGUCUGUAAUUCUUACCUUGCAAACAACUGGGGAAAGGAAGAAAGAUCCACUAACUUUCCCAUUGGUAAAGAUGAGCCCUUUAAGAUUGAAAUUUACUCUGACAGUGAAAACUUUCACAUUUACGUUGAUGAAAUAAAGAUUAUGCAGUACAAGCAUCGAAUUGAGGACCUCAAGGCUAUCAAAAAAGUCCAGGUCAUAAAUGAUGUGGACAUUUCUUCUGUGGAGAUCAGCAAGAAACAUUUUUAUUAA